UUGGUACACCAUACUACAUGUCGCCUGAACGGAUCCAUGAGAAUGGAUACAACUUUAAAUCUGAUGUCUGGUCACUAGGUUGUUUGCUUUAUGAGAUGGCAGCUUUACAAUCRCCUUUCUAUGGUGACAAACUGAAUCUAUAUUCUCUGUGUAAAAAGAUCGAACAAUGUGACUACCCUCCCCUCCCUGCUGAACAUUACUCACAAGAGCUACGAAAUCUAGUCAGCCUAUGUAUUAACCCAGAACCAGAGCAGAGACCAGACGUUGUGUAUAUAAAUGAAGUCGCUCAAAAGAUGCAUGCCUCACUUUUACACUAAAUUUAAUAUUAAUGAUUGACAGAUUGAUCGCCAUAAAUCUCUCUGAUUGCAAUUCAAUUGUAUAUUGAACCUGUGCCAUCUUGAAAUGUACCUGCUCUUCAGUCAUCGAAGUUAAUAGACGAGUGAAGUGAUGAUUGAUAUCUUGUUCUUAUGACAAUCAAAGGUAUACUUAUCAUAUUAUCAGUUCCUCCCUGUCAUUUUACUUGGAAGACGAGGCUACCUUUCAAGAUGGUACAGAKCAGUGGAGGAAUUUGGGUUAUCAUCAAAGAGUGUUAAGCUUUGUCAUAUAAUCGGUWAACGUGUACGUAUUGUAUUGACACUUUUUGGCAAACAACAAGAUGAUGGAAGGUAAUUUACAACUACUAACUARUGCAGUCUGUCGUAACUGAACUAUUCAUUGACGGUUCUGGUUUCAUCGUUUCACUAGCCCCAUAGUGGCUUGAGGUGGUGCAAUUACCUUGUGUCAUUUUGGAAUUUGCUGUAUUCUUAACUUAACGGAUAUUGAUAGUUUUCUGAUAGAAGAUGCAGGUUGCUCGGUUCUUCUGCUAUUUUUACCGCAGUCAGUCAACCUUGUUAUAAAYUCGAUCCAGGAAUGACUAUAUUGAAAUCAAGCAGUUACUCCUGUGUCCCAAGAAACUGAUAUUGGUCACCAACAGUCAAAAAAUGGUGACAUAUUUGGGAUUUCUGUGCUAGUGGAAACUUUCUUUUUUUAAUUUAAGAAAUAUUUGUUUGAUUUACAAAGACUUCAUUAACAGUGAGUGAUCGUAAACUAGCUAUACUCCGGGGACAAAAGUUAGUUUUAAUUAUAAGACCCUCUCUUUGGCUGAUUUAAAUUUGGACCUUUGGUAUAACGUCCCCGCUUCCUCCAUAUCMAUAUUUUAAAGUGCAUCUCACAGUAGACAGCUUUUGAUAUCCUUGUUGAUGGGUCACGCAAAAAGAACUGAARACGAGGCUCUUGGGAAACACUAGAUACUACGUUUGUUUCGGCGAAGCYUCGUCUUUUUAUUGGACUAUUCCAACAGAGUACGUGAGAUACUGGAAAUGAUUAUGUAAAACUCUAAAAUGAACAUUAAUAUCGAUUUAACACAAUGCAAAUCUUCUUUGUUUUUGAAAAACCUGUAAAUAUGAUUUUUGAAAAAUUUGUUGGUCGAUAAGACAUUGUGCUAGAAAUACCAUCCAAUAUGCCCUGUGUAUUUUCAAUCUAAGUCAGAUUGUUAGUCCCUUUGGACCAAUCACAUUACAGAAGAAUGGGCGAAUCACGGUGGUAAUUGUAGUACAUGACGUCAUCAUGUAACCGACUAAUAUUAGUAUAGAGCGGAUUUCGUAUGAGUGGGAAACGGACGGUACUGUACUGUGACCGUAAUCGUAUUGUAACCAAAUUCUAGUGCCCCAUUGGUUCACCAAAAUUGCGAAGGCCAUGCAGGUCCGGUAACCGUGCGGUAACGGUGUCCCACUCAUACGAAAUCCGCUCUAUAUAUUAGUAUAUCGAACUUAUCUAUAAGUGAAUCUACACCCUAAGUGUGUACUAAUUAUAAAGUCAAACUUCAACUGAUUUUCCUGCAUUUAUGUGCUUGUUUUAGAGUGGCUUUCAAACCUUUGAAACUAUUAARGUUUCUUAUUUAUUGUUGAUGUCUUAAUACCCAGGCCUUUCUUGGCUUUGCACGGACAUUCUGUUGAUAGGUCUAAGGGUCGAGGUAGUAGAUGUCUUCGUACAUUUGUAGAUAUAAUUAGUGUAGAAGUGUACGUGAGAAUUGGCCAAUUAUUGCUCCAGAUUAAAUUUUAUGAAUCGAG